AAAUAAAUUAAAAAAAAAAGUAUCAUCUGGGUUUUUUCGGGAAUCUCUUCUUAGAAAUGAAGAUGGAGGAAAGAUCGUUUAUUCUGCGAGAAAAAGAGUGGUGCAAGGUAUAACCUUUGUCGCUUUAAAUCCUCAAAAUUCAAACUUUGGUGUACUUUUCUUCUGCUAAGAGAAGUUGGUGAGGGACGAUGUCCAAGUCGUGCAAAGGGUUGGCCGCGGAGCUAGUCAAGUGUCUAAGUGAAUCUGAUUGUAUUAAGGUUGAGAAGAGAUCAUUUCGGGAAUGUGUUGGAGAGAAGAGUCCUUGUAUACCCAGUGAGUGUGUGGGACUCAGGGAAACCUAUUUCAAUUGCAAGAGAGGCCAGGUUGACAUGAGAGCUAGGAUUCGUGGGAACAAAGGCUAUUAAUGACCCCAUCAUCCAUUGGAAAACUCUGUAUUUGUUCUGUCCAGUUCAGGUUCUUUCAAUUUUUUGCUCAAGAUGAGGUCAAAACAAGUAAAAUAUGAAGGUGAAUCACAGAAGUUGAAGGCCUUAUUAAUUGCUUGAUUUAAUGGCAUGGUUGCAACACAUCUGCAUGACUGCAAUAAUUUGGCUUUUAGAGAGAUCAUUAAAAUAAACUCUAUCUAGUAUUAACACAGCAGUGCAUGUACAUUUACCUACACUAUUGAAUGAUAGUCUUCCCUUCAUCUUACGAUAGUUCCUAAAGUAGGAUGUGCUUUGGAUUCUUUGCAUUCACUCAUUCACAGUUCAACAUUGAAUUUGGAUCAGUAGUGUCUCUACUGUGCCUCCAAGUUAUAUUGAUUUUGAUAUUUUAAAACA